UGUGUGUGUGUGUGUCUCUCCCCACCCCGUGUGUGUGUGUGUGUGUGUCUCUCCCCGCCCCGUGUGUGUGCGUGUCUCUCCCCGCCCCGUGUGUGUGUGUCUCUCCCCGCCCCGCGUGUGUGUCUCCUGGCUCCGUGUGUAUGUGUGUGUCUCUCCCCGCCCCGUGUGUGUGUGUGUGUGUGUGUCUCUCCCCGCUCCGCGUGUCUCCCCGCGUGUGCCCCCUGCCCUUAUAUGGCCGCGGCGGGGCGCGCCGGCUCUCCUGGGGGUGGUGCUGAACGAACAGCUCCCCGCGGCGCCCGCCCACCCCGCGCCAGUCGGCGGCGAGCGCAGCCCGGGCCCCAGCGCCGCUGCUCGCGGGGUGCCUCGGCGCAGCCAUGACCCAGGCCAGCCCCGCUCCAGCCGCCGCCGCCGCCGCCGGACCCUCGCCCUCCGCCCGGGCGCCGCCGCCGGCCGCAGCAUGAAGCGGCAGAACGUGCGGACCUUGGCCCUCAUCAUCUGCACCUUCACCUACCUGCUGGUGGGCGCCGCCGUCUUCGACGCCCUGGAGUCGGAGCAGGAGACCUCGGAGCGGCGGCGGCUGGAGGAGAAGCAGCUGGAGCUGAGGGGCAAAUACAACCUGAGCAGCGACGGGUACAAGGAGCUGGAGUGGGUGGUGCUCAAGCUGAAGCCCCACAAGGCCGGCGUGCAGUGGAAGUUCGCCGGCUCCUUCUACUUCGCCAUCACCGUCAUCACCACCAUCGGGUACGGCCAUGCAGCCCCAAGCACAGACGGUGGGAAAGUCUUCUGCAUGUUCUACGCCCUGCUGGGGAUCCCGCUCACACUCGUCAUGUUCCAGAGCCUGGGUGAGAGGAUCAACACCUUCGUCAAAUACCUUCUGCACCGCAUCAAGAAGUGCCUUGGCAUGAGACGGACGGAGGUGUCCAUGGCCAACAUGGUCACUAUUGGGUUCUUCUCCUGCAUCAGCACCCUGUGCAUUGGGGCCGCGGCAUUUUCCUACUAUGAGCACUGGAGCUUCUUCCAUGCCUACUACUAUUGCUUCAUCACCCUCACCACCAUCGGCUUCGGGGACUACGUGGCACUCCAGAAGGACGAGGCGCUGCAGACCAAACCCCAGUAUGUGGCCUUCAGCUUCGUCUACAUCCUGACGGGGCUGACCGUCAUCGGGGCCUUCCUCAACCUGGUGGUGCUGCGCUUCAUGACCAUGAACGCCGAGGACGAGAAGCGGGAUGCCGAGCACCGAGCGCUGCUCACCCACAACGGGCAGGCCAGCAGCGUGCACACCACGGACACCACCUCGUCCACCACCGCGGUGGGAGGGGGCGGCGGGGGCGGGGGCGGAUUCCGCAACGUCUACGCGGAGGUGCUCCACUUCCAGUCCAUGUGCUCAUGCCUGUGGUACAAGAGCCGGGAGAAGCUGCAGUACUCCAUCCCUAUGAUCAUCCCCAGGGACCUGUCCACCUCGGACACGUGCGUGGAGCAGAGCCACUCCUCGCCUAGCCGCUACCCCGACACCCCCUCCAACAGAUGCUUCUGCAACGCCCAGCGCUCGGCCAUCAGCUCCGUCUCCACGGGACUGCACAGCCUCUCGGCCUUGCAGGGACUCAUGAAGCGCCGCAGCUCUGUGUAACUCCCCCGCCCCUCGCCCCCCGCCCCCACCAUGCACACACAACACUGAGGACCCUUCGUUUUUAAUAUAGAGAGGAAACUUAUGGAGACCAGCAGAACCGGGUGAAGGAAAACGGUCAGAUUUUAUUGAGAUUCAACAGACCGAUUCCAAAAGGGACAGCCCGAGAGACGGGGAGUAUGUUGGCUGCGCAAAUGUGCGUGCAGACGAGUGUGUCUGUGCGUGCGUAUAUGGACGUAUAGCUACAGAUGUAGACACACGUGGAAGCUGGUAAGCUGUCUCUUAUGCUCCUUUCAUUGAGAAACUCUUUUGCAUCAUUUUGCAACAACUCCAUGAAAUGUGAAACUUGAAGCGAAUACACGGAUAGCUUUUGAAACAGCCGACGGAGGGGUGCGCAUCGGAUCGGCUCUGGUACAGGCAGAUCCCGUCUAUGUUUGCAUCUCUCUAUUUAUACCUCUCUGGACUGACAGGUGGACCUAGUGUCCUCUUAGCACAUCUCCCUGCCCACGCCCUGCCCUAGAUAAAUACCUGGGCUACGCACCCCGCUGCACUUCUAACCUCACCCCACGCUGUCCCGGUGAGCCGGACGCGCCGGUAUGUCAUACACUUUGGGGGUAGCUUCGCAGCUGCACUGGAGGUUAAGAGAGAGUAGAUGUGCGUGUGUGUUCGUGCACACGCCCAACUUUGUACCUUUCAUGCAGGUCGGUCAGUUACACACACAAAAUAUUCCCAGCCAAAGAAGCAAGUAGGGGUCUUGGACAGGGGCUUUCUUCCUGUUUCCAUCUCCUCCUCCCCAGGAGCUUCGCUGUGUUUCUGUAAAAGAUGCACUGCCAGUUUCCCAGCAUCUGCCGCAUACCGGCUCACAGAGUGGCCACGCAGUCAUGUCUGCCUCUUAACAUCACGCCAUGGCCUCGGCGCUUGGCUGCAUCGUUGUUACAUGGCGUGACAUCAAUGGCGUUGUGACAUGACUCCCAACAUAAUCCCUUCGGUAAUCCCAUGGGCUGGUCCCAAAUCCCAUGGGACGCAGGACUGUGCUGCGACCUGCGGGGAGGUCUGGCACCAGGGACGAGUCUCUGCUCUUAGGCCAGCUGGAAAGGAUUGUAUGUUUUCUACUGGGAGAUCAAAGCCAGAGGUGAUAUAAACACUGGGAUCACUGACACAUUGAUAAGGCAGAGUGGGUCGUAACUUACACGCCAUAGGGGGAGAUGUAGUUGAUUCUAUGUCUCCGACUAGAAUGGUGCCACCCUUGCUGACACCCUUUCCACCCUAUCCGCGGGUAAGUUACAUCAACCACUUCUUGAUGGUUCCCACCUUUGACUUUCGGAUCUAAGAGCAUUACUAGCCACGGCCCAUCUGCUCAUUCCUCCUCCAAUAGUAGUUCCUGUCCCCUCGACAUCAUUUGCUAACAUCGGUUCAGAAAAAAAAGGGGGGAUUCCAGGGCAGCAAAGCCUCCUGGUUAAAAGUCGUGGCUGCAUCACCGAGCAAAUCAGGCUAAGAGGGUCUUAGGCAGAAGCUUUGUAUAUUCCUAUGCACGUGAUCCUGCCACAACAAGCUGGGUGUCACGUAGCCGGCUCUCUGAUUCCGGCAGGACUGGGAUGGAAAUCAGAUCUGGGCCAGGAGGAGUCCUUUUUUAACUGGUUCUUAUUCACCAAACCGCAGGUUUGUGGCUUCUUAUAUAUCGCAGCUGAGAGGUGGUUGAAAGCUACAACAAUCCUUGAAGAUGAGGAGAUAGGCACCUCCUCUUGCAUUUGGGCCAGCACCCCCUAAACCAAACCAGUGUAUCCAUCCAUGUCAGGAAAGCGUAGAGACCCGCCCUAGACAGUGCAAGACGAGCCUGGGAAAUAAAAGCGACCGACCCUUUCUGUUUAUUAUUUAAUACAACCCUGUUGUGUUCUGAAGAAGGGUGUGUCUGUUCCAUGGCUGAUAGUGUCUAGGUCUCUUCCGUGGUGAGCAAUAAUGAAAUGGGAGUGGGUGUUAUGGACAAGUUUCUGUAUCUAGCCAUUUACGCAUGGGUGGCUAACAAAACCAUCUGUCUUCCCGAGUCUUAGCCACAAAGGGAUGGGAAUUGCACGUCGCUGGGCUGGGGAGACUUUCCUCCUAAGACGCUUGACGUUGAAUCCGGAGAAGCGGCUGCUGUGGCCUCCCCUUACAUUUGGUUCUGCUCCGAAAAGGGACGGUCCAAAAGCACUCACUUCAGUGCUGCCCUUCCUCGUGGGAUCUGGGUUCUUUCCUUCUCCCACAUCAACGACCGCAAUAGUUCAAGCGUUCGGUUGAUGGUGAAAGAACAAAUUCCAACCCCCCUCCUCGACAGCUGUAUUUGCUCUGCUGGGCUCAUGGGAAUAAAGCAUAUAUUUCCCACCAUCUACCGCAGAUAGGACUCUGGGCUACCCCGGUGGAGCAAAUCUGAUAGGUAAGAAGGGGCUGUUUUUACAUAGCUAUGCUCCUUUUCAUGACCACAACUGCAUUUUCAUACGAACUCUGAGCAAGGGAUCUGUAGGUAAGAUCUGCUGCUACUUUGUGGCUGGCGGAGAAGAGUCGGGACUCGAGUGGGUGGGGCUACUGCAUUCACACAGAGGGUUGCCACGUCCCCUUUUCUCCUCCCACACCCGCAUCUGGGGAGUACCUCCCCGGUGCCUUUUUCGGCACAUCGACUCUCAAUAUGCAACUUGUGCAGGGAAGCAGCUGCCGCGGGGGUGAGGCUGGGGCAGGCAGGGCUCUGGUAAUUGUUUGUGGGCGCCCCAUGGCAUUGGGUGCCUUUCUUUCCCUUUCACAAGAAGAAGAGUUGAUCAGAAAUUCUGUACCUAGGUCAUUUCUUCAGUUCAGUUGCCGAUCUCCUGCUCAGCUUUUGUCCCCGUUGCUCCGUCCGGCAGUGGCAACGCGAGACGUCUGGGUAGGGAGGACCGCAAUGGACAAACGCAGCACAGGGCAGGUGAGGCGGGAACCAUCCCAAACACGACCCCAAGAGCUGAUGCCCCCCAACAGGUGGAAGGCUCCAUCCAAGUGCCAAGGAGUGCCAUGGGGGGGAUGGGCAGGGCGGAGAGGGAGGACUGCUUCGGUUACCGCCCGUCUCCUGUGGCUAAGGGUUAAUGAAAGGCACCCUGGCUUUGGGGAGAAGCAGCCUGCCCUCCCCUCAGGCAGGUUCGCCCGCCCUUGCCUCUCCUUUCUGCACUCUGAUCUCAAUCCCAUCAUCAGCAUAACCCAGGGGAGAUCUUAGCCUCAGGGGUAGCCGCUGCUGGGCUGGAGAGGGCUCUGGGCAGGCAGGGGAGAGGGCUCUGGGCAGGCAGGGGAGGGAAUCAUAAUGUCAGUCGUUCCCAGGGACAGAGUCUGGCAUGGGAUCAAAGGCCCCUGCCAGGACAGGAAGCUGUGAGGAUGCCAGGAAGCAGCCCGCAGCCUCGCCCAGGAUUUACCACCCCCCUGCACAUCUCAAAGCAAGGUGGGGGCUGCGGUGACAUCCCGCCCCUCCCAGUGAGCCGAGGGCUUAAAGAGGCAGCAGUAAAGACGGAUGGGCCCCAAAUUUGACCUGCCUUUCCCCUUUCCCCUGAUUUGUUUCUCUCUUUGCACGUUUCUUCCUGCUGAGGAUCUCAAAGAGCUUCACAGAUGUUAAUGGGCUGAGCCUGCCAGCCCCACUCCGGGGCGGGGACGGGUCAUUUGCCCCAUCCGACCCAAGGGAAACGCGAGGGGGCAGAGCGAGGUUAUGUGGCUUGCCCAAGGCUGAAGGGGAGGUCAAGUAAUAAUGUGGAAACAUACCCCAGCAGGUCUGAACAGCUGGUUCCCUGCCUGACUGGGGCCCAGCACCCGUUCAUGGGCCCUCGGCACACGGAGCGCCCAUGAACACCUCUGUGUCAGCACUUAGGCUGGCUCAGGGACGGAGGGAAGGUGGCUCAGGCUCUCCCAGUCCUGGGGCAGUCGUGGCCCCCAGUGCAAGCUGGGACAGCCCUGAGGGUGUGCUACCCUGUGCCCCUUCCUCAGUGGCUCCUAUCGGUCACAAAAUACCCACGACAUAAGAAUCCCCAGGCCAAACCUCCACUUGCAUUUGUCCGCUCCCCACCCCUGACAUGCUCCUAUCCUGGGGCUCCCAUGGAGGUGGUGUAGAGAUGGUGGAACCGGCUCUGCAUCGGGCACGUGGAGACCACUUGCAUGGGGGAAUUCCCUGGGAGGCAGUUCACCCCUGGCCUCCAGCCCCUUUGUGCCAAGCCAGCUGUUGGGCAGGUGUGACUGCAGCCUCCAGGGUGCUGAGAACAUGCAGGUCCCAUGGCUCCUUUUGCCAGAUCCGGGGAAUUCCUUCUUCCAGUUCCGUUGCUCAGCUUUUUCCGAACGAAAACUGUGAAAUAGACGCGUCAAAUGAGAGAAAGCCUUGGCUCCAGACAGGCCAUUUUUGAUACGUUGCACAAAUGAGAAACUUUAUUUUCCUCAAUAAAAAAAUGAUAAGGUUCCGCAAUACAAACGAUCCACAACCCCUCCCCCCCACCCGAGUUAGGGGAGAGAGAUUGCCCACGAGAUUCAUUUCAAAACGUAGCCAAAUAAUAUGUCCCCAAAAGUUCCAGGGUGAAAUCCUGGCCCUCCCUGACAUCAGUGGGCUCUUUGCCAUUGAUUUCAAUGGUGCCAGCAUUUUACCCCACAUUGGGCCAGUCUUCAUAUCUUCUUCUUUUGACACAGAUGCUUCCACUGAGGUUUCAUCCCAGAGUGUGUCUGUUUGUCCCACGUACUGCAGCACAGAAGGCCAAAAACAAAACCAAUUCCCCAAGUCAUAAUCAAGGGGAGCAAGGCAACGAGAAAUCUGUCUCAGUUCUCUGCCAGGCACUGCCCAAAUGCACUGCUGCAUCACAGAGACCUCUCUGUCCAGGACGUGCAUUAAAGAGCUAGCAAGCCACGCUUCAGUGCACUUGCUAAACUAAAAUUGACAACAAGCAGUCAAGUCCUAUCAACCCUACAUCGGCAAACAAGUGUGCACAGCCCAGCACUCCUGUGCAACUCCAGUCUAAACAAGUGUGUAUGGCCCAGUGCUCAGGAGCAACCCUGCAAUAACAAUCCAUAAGGAGAGGGAAACGACCCUGAAAGGAAACAAGCUUCUGUUUCGUGUUCCCUGUGCCAAUGCAUUAUCCAUGCAUCUUGCUGCAGAGAAAAGGCGGGGGGCGGGGGGGGGGGAGAUACCAAGUCCACAGCUGGACCAGAAGUGCCCAGAGUUGAGGGUGGAUUUAGACCUGAGGGGCUGGUUCAGCCCAUUCUAAACUUAGAGUUCAAGCAUAAAGUUCAGACCCAGAUCUCAGGGCUAUUAGGAUCCCAGGUUUUGGUCCAGCAAUGGGGGUGGCCUUUCGGGGUAUGUCUAUACUGCAAUGUAAGCCCAUGCUUGAGCCCUGGCUCCAGGCUAACCCCCUUUGGGUCUAUACUGCAACCGUGCUAACCCAGGGCUCGGACCCAGGGCAUGGCAGCUCCCAACAAAUGCAGAUAAGGUCAGCUUGUAGGUAAGAAUGUAUGGGCUGGCCCUAGGGUAAACAGAGAUCGUCUAUCAGAGGGGUCGCCGUGUUAGUCUGGAUCUGUAAAAGCGGCAAAGAGUCCUGUGGCACCUUAUAGACUAACAGACGUAUUGGAGCGUGCGCUUUCGUGGGUGAAUACCCACUUCGUCGGAUGCCUGCAGUGGAAAUUUCCAGAGGCAGGUAUAAAUAUGCAGGCAAGAAUCAGGCUUGGGAUAACGAGGUUAGUUCAAUCAGGGAGGAUGAGGCCCUCUUCUAGCAGUGGAGGUGUGAACACCAAGGGAGGAGAAACAGCUUGUGUAGUUGGCGAGCCAGUCACAGUCUUUGUUUAAUCCUGAGCUGAUGGGGUCAAAUUUGCAAAUGAACUGAAGCUCAGCAGUUUCUCUUUGAAGUCUGGUCCUGAAGUCUUUUUGCUGUAGGAUGGCGCCCUUUACAUCUGCUAGUGUGUGUCCAGCGAGGUUGAAGUGUUCUCCUACAGGUUUUUGUAUAGUUGUCACGGAGUCCCUGGGCGAUGCUCUGGAACUGCUCCCCGUGAAGCCAGUCAGGACUCUGGGGCAGUCGCCUUUCUGUGAGCAGCCUGUCUUCAGGACACACAGCUCACACAGCUUCCACCUUCCUGGGUCUGACCUCGGAGCAUUCAGCCUCCUCUGCCCCUCCGUGUGCUUCCCCCAGCGAGUCCGCUCAGGCAGGGCUCCUGAGGAAGCCAGAAGGUCCUGCACCCCAACUUCGCAGUCAGACGUGACUCUCAGCCAGCCAGUAAAACAGAGGUUUAUUAGAUGACAGGAACAUGGUCUAACACAGAGCUUGUAGGUGCAGAGAACAGGACCCCUCAGCCGGGUCCAUUUUGGGCCCAGUGAGCCAGACAACCACGUCUGCCCUUUACUCCAUGUCCCAGCCAGCCCCAAACUGAAACUCCCUCCAGCCCCUCCUCCUCUGGGCUUUGUUCCUUUCCUGGGCCAGGUGGUCACCUCAUUCCUUUGUUCUCCAACCCUUCAGCUUUCACCUUGCAGGAGGGGAAGGGCCCAGGCCAUCAGUUGCCAGGAAACAGGGUGUCGGCCAUUCUCUGUGUCCAGACCCCUGCACAUACCUGCCCUCUAGGGCUCUGCAAUGAUCAUACCCCCUUACCCCACCACCUAGAUACUUAAGAACUGCAUAGGGGAAACUGAGGCACCGCCACAAUAUUCGGAGGAAACAUUAAGAACAGUCCCACUUCGUCACAUUGCCGUUCCUAAUAUCUGCUUUGGGUCCAUUUAUCCUUUUACGUAGGGCGAUUUACCUGUCGUCCGCUCCCAGGUUCUGGCAGUCAGAGGUUUAGGGAAACCCAGAGCAUAGGGUUGUGUCCCUGACAAUCUUAGCUACAGAUUUUCUUAUAGACAAUAGCUAUAGACAAUCUUAGCUGUAGCCACUGAUGCACUGAUCCUCCAUGAACUUAUCUUGUGUCACUGGAAUCUGGUAUGCAGCUUGCCCUUAAAUGCAAGAUGCAGUCAAACAGGCUGAUGUACUGCAUAAACCCUGACUAUAAGGGUGCGGUCGGAGGGGGGACAGCAGGCAGAGGUGGAAACCCUCAUCGGUAAAGGUGCAUAUUUAUGGAAAAGGUAAAGGAGGGGGAGGGAGAUCAGUGGCACUUGGCUUCCUGGGGGAAAUUGUUUUUUGCCUAAAAAAUGGAAGCUAUUGCUUUACACACACACACACACACAUGGACGGGGAGAGCACACACAAAGCUCAAGCUAUGGAGGGGAAAAGGGAAACAUUUUGGACACAAUGUUUUAACAACAACAAAAAAGAAAAGAAAUCUAGACUGGUUUUCACCAAAACACCUGAAAAACUGUCACUGGGGGAGCCCAGGAUCUGCCCGGAUAAGAAGCUCCAUGGGCAAUGAGAUAAGGCAGAAGUAGUUUGUGCCCAGGGCUCCAACCCCCAGCUCGGUGCAAGGCAGCUGCAGAGCAUUUGGGCGUUCUACGUGGGUGCACGUAGAGAGCCGUCUGGUUUCAUUUUCCUGCCAAGUGUUUUGCAAAGCAAAAGCAAAAUCUCUCGUCCCUCUCACCUUCCCUGACCCCUUCUUCCCAAUCGGUAGUCUCCCGAGUUCCAUCCCUCCACAGACACCAAAGCCAUGAGCGGAGAUCAUAUUCGGGACCUUCUGCACCCAAAGCACAGCGCUCUGUCUCCUUGGGCAAAAGGCACCCCUCCGUUAGCUGCGAGUCCAUAGCAGGCUCUUAUAACUGUUGGCACCUCCAGGGCGGGACACGGUAACACGCACUAAGCAGCGGAUUCCCCACACUGGUGAUUUUAUAACUUGAUGUAGCUGGGUUAGCGGUGACAAACAAUGUAACACAACUGUUCCCAGAGCAGCAUUUUCAAAGCACGAGCCAAACCCAUGUCUCACCUUUUAAUGAAUGAAAAAUGUGUUUCUAAUACUUGAUGACAUGUACAUACUGUUAGAUAUGAGAAGAUAUUUAUUAUAGAUGAAGGUAUAUUCAUCAUAUCUCUAUAAAUAUAUAAAUAUCGAUCGUAAAGGAGCAUUUGGGGGGAAUUUGGAACAGGGUUUUGAUGACUCUGGGACGUUUUCUCUUAGCGUCUUUCUCAUCUUUAGACAUGGAGAGAGUUAAACACCGUCAGACAAAGGUUAUCCGUUUCUCAUGCCAAAGCAUAUUUGUACUGCUGUUUUACUUUCAUUAUAGAGAGAAAUAAAGUCUGAUUCAAAGCUCA